AUGUUGGACAUAGUCAUUGUAGAGAUGGAAACAAGAUUGGAUCUCAUGAAAGCCGUUAACUGCCUUCAGCAUCAGUCUCCCUCUUCUCUGGAUCCUGACAUGUUAAGUCCUCUGCAGAAAAUGACAGGAAGUGACAGUGACAAACUUUCCAAUGAAAUUCUUGAUCUCCAUCGCAUGUAUGUGACCUCCCUUGAGAUUAGAACAUCAGCAGCAUCAUGCGAGAGCUCUUUCUCCACUUUGUCUCGUGUUCUUACCCCGUUCCGCCGUACUACGCUACACGAGAGAAAAAGAAAUUUAGUCAUUCUGGCUCACAAGAAGGCCAUAACAACAGGCCUAGAUAUGGAUGGAUUCAGGGAGUUCCCGCUGAGGAGGCGACCGGGAGCCGAGCGUUCCUCCCCGAGGAAAGUCCUUCCACUCGGAGCGGGGCGGUCGGCUCUGCCCGCGGCUCCGACUGGUUCCAGCAGCAGUGGCCGUGCCAGGGGGAAGCGAGCGCCCGGGAUGGGCAACUCUUUACGCGCGGCCGCCCUCCUGGCUGUCGUGGUUCUGUCUGUCCUGGUGUCGCUUCUGAUCACCAGCGUGCAGCAGUUUGGAGCGACUUUAUCCACCAAUGGGACUCUUUCUGAUGGAGAGCAGCAGGAGCUGGCGUCGCUCCGCCGGGCUUUGAUUUACCAACUCAACCAGAGGCGAAGAGAAAUGAUCCCGCUGCUGUUACCUGAUGAUGAUGGUGAUGAUGAUAAAGGAGGACGUUCCUCCCAGCUUGAUCCAGACUCGGGUUUGGAUUACAACCUAUGGAAUGAGGUCACCCUUGGUUUCGGGAAAGCGCACCCGGAUCGGAUGGGUUGUGAUUCCCUGGUGGACAUGCAGGCUGUGGAGGUUCUGGGAUCGGGGUACACCAAGCUGGUUGUCAGGGCGAACCUGGCCGGAGGUCAGCCUGUGGCGCUGAAGCUUGUCAACGAGCAGGGCAUCGACAUGAGCAAGUGUCUGGAGGAUUUCAAAGACCCCCGCGCCUGCCGCGAGCUGGUUUCUUACAAACUGCAGAAGGAGAUGAUCUUGAUGGAAAGGCUGCGGCAUCCAAACGUCAUAAAGGUGAACCUGAAACUCCUGGAGAGACCCAGGACGCAUGAGCUCAAGGGUCACUGUGCAGGAGUGCAGGGAGGAGGAGGAGUAGAGGGAGGAAGAGCUGCAGUCAUCCUGGAGCAGGGGAAUCCUCUCCAGAUGAUCCAGCUGCUCCAGAGCCCCUGGGAGGACCGAUUCAGGGUGUGCCUGGACCUGGUCAGGCUCUUGCACUUCCUCUCCCGCUCUCCUCUGGGCUCCGUGGCUCUGCUGGACUUCCAGCCGAGGCAGUUCGUCACCGUGUCGGGUCAGCUGAAGCUCACGGACCUGGACGACGCCAGCGCCGAGGAGACGGCCUGUCAGACGGACGCAGACUGCACCCUCCAGUUCCCUCACAGGAACUUCACACUGUCCUGCUCGGCCCGCGGUGUGUGCGAGGGCCUGAACGAGAAGAGGAACAUCUACAACGCCUACAGGUUUUUCUUCACCUACCUGCUGCCCCACCAGGCCCCGCCCAGCCUGACACACCUGGUAGACCACAUCAUGAACACCACAGGGGAGCUGAGGGAGGACAUCAAUCAGACUCUGGAGGCCUUUGAACACAUCCUCCUGCUGUACAAGUCGGGCCUCUACCUGGAUAACCUGCCCCCGUCCAUAAUCAGAGAUUACACCGUGAUGCGAGGAAUGGGGACCACUGGGAACGUGGAGUACCGCUGCUGGCCGUCCUACAGCCUGCAGGGCUGCGUUCUCUCUGUCCACAGCGCCAGAGAGGCAGCGUACAUCUGUAACUCUCACUCCCAGUGCAGCAGCUUCACUCUGACGGGACAGAAGACAUGGACAGGAGGAUGCGCCAAAAGUCCAAAGGCACAACAGAAGCUCGCUCAUGAGCAUGAAGUUGGAGAAACUCGAGAGGGACAGAACAACGCUGACACAUACAAUGGACCGACAACACUGAGAGACACCUGCAGGGCUAUAUACACAGAGGGAAGCAAUCAGGGAAACAGGCCGCCUCCUGGCCUCUUUCAGGAGCAGCUUUGGUCACCUGGUGGCUGAUGGGAUGUCGGAGGUGUACGUGAAGAAAACCAAAGUUCCUGAGAACCCUUGAUGAGCCUGAAUCGCAGCUCGGUGAAGCAGAAAUGCUGCGUUUAGGAGAACUGAAGUCUGUCUGUGAACACACCGACCUCAGCGAGGCUUUUUAGACGAGGUGCAGCGCGUUUGAAGAGAGCGACUGAAUGUGUUGUAUUUAUAAGGCUUCUGCUCACUGACUGUUUGAUCUGCCUGCCAGCUCCCUGCCUCUGCCAGCUACUAUUUAAAGGGAUUUCCCUUCAGGUACAAUUAAGGAGGGAGAGCCUUGUACCCUAAACUUUUUCCCCUCCUAAUUUGUCUUUAUUUGCCAUGUGUGCUGGCUUUCGCUGCGAGGCCGAGUCCCUGUAGUCAGAUUUUUUUAUUUUAUUAUUUAAGCCAGAGCGGCAUGCUGCAGCUCAGCGUUUCAGGCCUUAGGAAGAAAAAAGAAUACAAGCUCUUAUACAAAUAUACUUUGAUUAAACACACCAUGGUUUGGACUGUUGAUAAAUAUAUUUUUUACGGCUGUCUGGCUUUGUUGCACCAAGAAAUGGAGACAGCAAAUACCGUGCAGGCAUUUGCACAUCACCAAUGCGCAAAGAUUAUAAAAACCUUUCCAGAGCUGUCUGUUUUUUGUAAAAUUAGCAAAAAAUAUUUAUGCAAUCAAGUGAAAUGUAAUUCUUCUUACAUGUUACUGCAUUAAGUGCACCUUGUGGGUGAAACUUUUAUUUUUCAAUGAAAAAUGAAUCACUUUACUGUUUUUUUAAUAACACUUCACUUGUAUCUGUGUAAUUUGUACUUUUACAGUUUUUUAAAAACUAUUUAAAAUGUAA